CAAGACAACAGUUUCCUGAAAAACAGCGGAGUCUCAACCUGUAAUGAAAGCCAGAUCCAUUUUUAUUGCAAAAAACAAUAGUUGUCCAAUACGGACAAUACAUGUUCUUAGCGGGAGAUGUUGAUAACGUUAUUAGGAAGCGAACGGUAUUAUAUAUAACAAGCUUGCGUAUUUUGACAACCAAAUUUAUCUUAUUUAAAAAAUAUUCGUUAUCAAAUAAAUAAUUGUAUAUGUCCAUGAGAAUAAAAUAAACUAAUUGAGCGGUGUAGGUUUACACAGUUUGUACAUUUACUUAAAUAUCCAUUUCUUUAUUAAUUAUUUCGUUCUUGCUGUACACUCAAGGUUGUUUAGCAGCCGACUGGCGCGCAUCAUGUUAAAUGUCACUUUUCCUUUCUCUAAAUGCUUUUUUACCUUGAGGGAUUAACAAAGCUAACAUCUCUAUUUUCGUAGCUCUGCCAGACACCUCGGGAAUUUUUAUAACGCUUGGAUAAACAAUCAUAACACCUUCGUAAAUACUAGUACAGAAAUCAAACAAUACGCACUUUGUUCUAUGUUCAAUUAACAGACCUUACAAAGCGCUACUUAGACGGGCACAAAAGCUACAAGCACCUUCAUGCAUUGCGAACAACUAAAAAGCCGUAAAAUUACAUCAAACAUGUUUCGAAAUUCUACACCAAACGGUGCUCGUGACCUGAGGUCAGAAAAAGAGUUUUUAUUGUGUAUCAUGUUUACAUUUUAGGCGUUGUACGGAGUUUAAGUUUUUGAAUUAAAAUAUAUGGUUAAUCUAGUCAAUGACUAUGACAUCACAAUAGAGCGGAGACGACAGGCCAGAUGCGACGACUAAGCUUCAUGGCUUUCUAGAUUCGCUCUAUCUACGGGUUACUUGGUGUCCACAAGGCUUGUCAUUAUGGGAGCUGUAAAGAGUCGGAUCGCAGAGAAAAUAUCUAAAUCUCCCGUGCCGGUGAAUGAAGACAUCACGCCAAAAGUCGUUCUGUUAACUGGCACAUCACAUAAAUUAAGCCUCGAAUUCGCUCUAACGUUGGCGCAUGAUCCUUUCUCGAGAUUUAAAGCUCUGGUAACAAUGCCUUCACUAUCGAGUAGUGAGUAUUUAGGAGAUUCGCGAGUGCUAAAUGCCCUUAACAGGACGUUGUUCGUACUGCAAACUGACGUUUUGUGCGAGGACUCGAUUCGCGGAGCGGUGCGUGAAAUCUUGGAAACGGACGGCAUCCUUGACGCUAUAGUCAUAACCUCUAACGUCCUUCUGACUGGCCCUAUUGAGACACACACGAUGGAGCAAGCCAUGCAAGUGUUUGAAACCAACACCAUGUCCGUCAUCGAGCUUGUCAAGGUGGUGCUACCUGUCAUGAAAAAACAGCAGGAUGGACGCAUUAUCGUGGUCAGUAACCAGGCAGGAAUCAUGGGUAUUCCAUUUCACGAUAUCUACUGCGCCACCAAGUUUGCUGUAGAGGGUUUCUUGGAGUCGAUCGCGCCAGAGGCAUUGGCUUUUAAUAUUUACUGCACGAUGAUCGAGACGAGUAUGGCGAAGGGCGAGGAAAAGACAGCCACCGCGCUACACGUGUCCAUCGCUUCCAAGAUGGAGAACACAGAUGACGAUACCCGCAAAUACCAAGACUCCAUUCCCAGCAAGCUUCGACGCCAGGGCUCCGUCAAAAAGAUGAACACCAAACGAGUUGCCGAGACAAUCCGCGAGGCAUUACUCGAGGAAAAACCUCACUUUAGGUACCAAGUAAACAAGAGCUGCAAGGAGGCCGCGCGUGAGAAGUGGAUAGAUGUUCACGGUGACACGUAUGUACUGGAGGCUGCCGAAAGACACUUGUACGUAGAGACGCAAAGAGUGCAGGAAGCGUACAACCAAAACGCGCGGGAAUCCAUAAAAAACGAUUGACGUUAUGUUUGUAACGUGUUAUGACAUGAUUGCGAUGGCAAUUCAGGAUGUGUCUAUGACGUCAUAUAGGUGACGGUAGUUCCGUGUCGUCAUGUGAAUUGUGACAUCAUACAGAAGUUUUGAAAGUCCCCGAUGUCAUCCUCAUUAUAGCGAUACCUCGGGAAACCGUGGCAUUUUCUGGACAGCAUUUUGGCAACGUCGUCAUCAUAUUUGAUUGGUUUGGUGACGUCACUUAGAUAGGUGACGCCAUAUUGAAAGAUGACGUCAUUUUGAUGGGUGACACCUCCCGGAUAUUGACGCCAUUUGACUAGUUGACGUCAUUUGAACAGAUGAAGCCAUUUGGAUAGUUGACGCUAUUUGAACAGAUGACGGCAUUUGGAUAGUUGACGCUAUUUGAACAUAUGACGCUCUUUGGAUAGUUGACGCGAUUUGAACAUAUCACACUAUUUGGAUAGUUGACUUCAUUGGGAUAGGUUACGCUUUAUCUAUAGAUGACGCCAUUUGGGUAGUUGCCUUUUUUCUAGCUAAGACGGGUAAUUAACCGAUUUAAUGGAAACCGAUUUAAUGGAAAUCCCAAGAGAGAAAUAGAGUGACGCUGCUUUUGUGUCUUGCAACUCAAAUCACAAUUCGCUACUGCAUAGUCUAUCCUUAACCAAUAGAGUCACAAGGAUGGUUGUCAGUGGAGUAAACAACAUGCUGUAAAACAUUAAAGUCCAUAAAUGAUAGCGAGCUAGGCCAAAGUAUUGACGAAAAACAAAAAUGAAAACGUCUUCGUUUAGAUAUUUCGAGGAUGUUGUCAAAGCAGUAAUGGAAUCACAAUUAGAGGUAUUUUGAUUGAUUAGGGAUUCAAAAAGGACAGAUAUAGAAGCAAAGAGAUACAAAUAUAGCAAGGAAAGUGAAAAAGAAACAUAGUUCUUCUCGUUAAAAAAGGAGAGAGAGAAGAGAGAGAGCUGAAAGAGUAUUCUUAAAGUUCAUUUUUCGGGCAAUGUCCCUUUUCCCGAGAUCCUUUCGCUUGCAAUGCAAGCGUUCUGCUAUAUACUCUACGGACCUGUAUUAUCGUGACAGCGUAGGCACCACUUUAAGGUGACACUGGUGAUACCCGGAGCUUUUUGAAGAAGGCAUCAACCUGCUUGACGUAGCCAAGGAUAUAGAUACCAUAUUAUUGAGACACAAAACUAGUCACAAUUUGAAAUAAAAUCUAACCAGAGCGUUAUAAUCACACAUGCGUGUAAAUCAACAAGAAUCAAAUAUAUCCUAUUUAUUAUUAAAAUAUUAUUGGAAAUCAAUAAUUAAAAUAAUGAAAGACAAAAUA